GCGUGGGUGCCACACACGAGGAGACCAUGCCCCAGCAGAAAAUGCCGCCCAACAACGCCCAGUUGCUACGACUGGCACCAGGCAGCAUAUGGGACUUCUUCCUGAUAGAGGGCGACAACAAACCAGUGGAGGCCGCGGCAGAAGGAGAGAUCCGCAACGCGGAGGAGGUCAAGAGCAUGGGCAGCAAGGAGAUGGGAUCCCCACACCACCGCACGGAGGCAAACUUCUUCCUGGAGCUUGCCAAGAGCGACCAGAUUGGCGGCGAGGCGAAGGACAUACUCACGCAGUUUGCGGAGCUGAUCGAGGUGAUGAACCAGGAGGAUUUCACGGACAUGCUAUCAUACUUUCGAGUAACGAAAGCAGACGUGGAGCCAGCUCAAACGCAGAAAUGGAAGAUCCAGAUCAUGUUCAACUCCCUGAGCCCGUCGCCAUGGACGCAGAAGCUGAAGGACGAUGCCAACGCGCUGAGAGUCGGCAACGAGAAAGCGGAGAUCGAGUUCGGCACCUUCGGAGUGCAGGAUCUGCGGCAGGCCACCUGCCGCGCCCUCAAGGCGAUGCAGGCCCAGCAGAUCUUCGGAGAGCCUCCGCCGUCGGAGCUCGAGAGACAGCUGCAAGCAACGCCCCAAGAGCGCCAGCAGCAAGCACAGUAG